AUGAUAGAGAGACUUUGUGUGGAAGGCCUCUCAGGUGAUGGGGAGUUUGAGUUGGAACUGGAUUUGAUGGACAGGGCUGCUGCUCAGAGUAAAUUAGGUCACUACACAGAUGCAAUAAAGGAUUGUGAAAAAGCAAUAGCAAUUGAUUCAAAGUACAGCAAGGCCUAUGGGAGAAUGGGGCUGGCCCUCACUGCCAUAAAUAAAUUUGAAGAAGCAGUUACAAGUUAUCAAAAGGCAUUAGAUCUUGACCCUGAGAAUGAUUCCUAUAAGUCAAAUCUGAAAAUAGCAGAACAGAAGUUAAGAGAGGUAUCCAGUCCUACAGGGACUGGACUGAGCUUUGACAUGGCUAGCUUAAUAAAUAAUCCAGCCUUCAUUAGUAUGGCAGCAAGUUUAAUGCAGAAUCCUCAAGUUCAACAGCUAAUGUCAGGAAUGAUGACAAAUGCCAUUGGGGGACCUGCUGCUGGAGUUGGGGGCCUAACUGACCUGUCUAGCCUCAUCCAAGCGGGACAGCAGUUUGCUCAGCAGAUACAGCAACAGAAUCCUGAACUUAUAGAGCAGCUUAGAAAUCACAUCCGGAGCCGAUCAUUCAGCAGCAGCGCUGAAGAACAUUCCUGACUUGAUCACAGACCCUAGCCCAGAUUGCAAAUGGUUAUGGCUCUGAAGUGUUUGCUGCAGAUAGUGGCCCCAAACAAAGAAAAAAACAAAAAAACUAAAUAAAUCUGUCUAGAGUAUAGGUUUAUCAUGAACAGACUUGAACAUAACAUGACUCCUUUGUAAAUGAAUGAUCAGUAACCUUGACAAAUGCUAAUAUAGCACUUGACAGGGUCCAUUUUCAAACCAUUAUCAUAUUUGUAUAUUAGGCUUAUUAGCAGAGUAUAUUUAUUGAACAGUAGGGCUGUGUAUUGGUAAGUUCUCUAGCUCCACAUUCUUAAGCAAACUUUUUUGAAAGGAGAGAUGACCAAAAGGAAAGGUUUCUCAUGCUGGGUUAGAAAUGUUCUUGCCACUGAACAGCAUGCCAGAGAGAAAUUCGUUUUCUAGGUUUAGCUUUGAUAGUGCUAUCAGUAAUAAUGUAAGGACCGGUACUGUCUUUAAUGCUGCUUGUUCUGAUGGGUUACAGGAAAUCUUAAGAGCUGGUGGAAAGCAGCAUGUGGUACAAGAGCAGUUAUUUUGAAAAGAAAAAAUAGAUGCUGUGAAUGUAUAGAAAGUGAAGGUAGGAUGCUCAGGUUUUCAUAGUUAACUAAUCUUGCUUGCAAUUUGGUACUGGUAACAUCAGCAUGGCCAGUUAUGUAAAGUACAUAAUAAAAUACAUUUAGAAAUCCUUAAUGGUACUGUAGGUCAGUUGUAUAGCUAUUCAACUUAAUUAGCACAAUUUCCCCAGUGAUAACUUUACCAUGGAAACUCAAAUAUAUCUAUGUUUAAAUAAGCCAAUGGCUUGGCCCUUACCUUAAGGAUUUUCUAAGUGUCAUUUAAGUAAGUUGCUAUAAACACUGAUUUUUAAAAAACAAACUGAUUUUUUGAUGGAUUUCAAAAGCAUCACUGAUAUUGCUUGUUCAUGCAAUCCUCUGCUGUAAUUUUGCUUGGCAUGUCGCUUUUAUGCUUAACCUUAAUUUGAUGCAACUUAGAGAGCAGGAGACAUAAAAUAUUUCAUUGAAAUUAGAAUACAUGUUAGUGGAGAGAAGUGGCCUUAAGUAUUAGUGGCAUGGCUCUAACUACAGUGAUGGAUGACACUGUUCUAAUUGCAACUGGAAUUUCGCUUGUUAAUUAUGAAAUUGAUACGGUCGGGUGGAUCUGUAAUGAUUUAACAAGUGUUCAGAGAGAGAACAGAAAGGAAGUCAUAUAAAAUUAAAUUAGCAAUACUGAUGAUGAUCAGGGUCUUACUAUAACUGCUCUUAAAAGACUAAUUACAACUAGUGGGUAUCUUGAAGUUUAAAAAGCAACUCUUCCUUUCUUUCUUUGCCAUUGUGAGAUUAGAAAUGUUUCAAUAAUUCCACUUUAAGAAUCACCUGGGGAAUUCAUUGCAAGUGCAGAUUCAGGGCCACACUUUCAAUUUUUAUUUAGAUCCUGUAAUAAAUCCUAGGAAUUAGCAUUUUAAACAGAACAGUAGGUGGUUCCACUAUAGGUGCAAGGACUCUUAAUUCAGAGCAACACUAGGUUAGAGAGUUCUCCUCAGUUUGAUUAGCAAAUACAUAAUUACGUGAACUCAGACUACAACAAAGACCUGUAUGAACCUACAGUUCUGGCCAGAGAACAGCAGGACUUAAAUCCUAGGCUCUCUGACUUAAAUCUCCCAUAUUCUAUCUAAACCAACUUAAUUUGUCAUGAAGUUAGAUUUAUCUCCUAAGGUUUAAGUUUAUAUAGAAUGAAGUACUAACUAAUCACGUGAAAGUGAUGACUGUGAUGAAAAAAAAGCAGAGUUGAUCCUUAAUUAAAAAUUAGUCACUCUUUUAUCCAUUGUUGAGUGAGAAAAAGUUUCGAACAUAACUAUCUUCAGUGCAUUAAAAAUGCGUUCAGGUUAAUAAAAUUGGCAAGACUCUACCUAGCUGGCUAGGAAAA